CAAUAUUACGAUUUCUCGCUGACAAAGGCAAAUGAAGCCAUGUUUUUGCUUACAAACAAGUAACAUUUAACGCCUUGAUCUGGAGCUCGGCGCUGUCGCCCUUUUCAGGAGGCCGUCUUGCGUUUUCACUGAUCGACAUCUGGAUAUUAUAGGCUACCGGACUAGAAUAUGAUUUUUUUAUUUUUUUUGCUGUAACUGAGGACAUCGUCCACCAAACUACUUGACAACGAACUGAACUCACCCAAAAACACGAGGAAGACGUAUAGGGAAAAUCCUAAGGGAAUAUUUAGGGAUUCAGAAAAUGAGUUUCGGGGUGAGCUCCUGAAUCAGCGGUGGACGCGAGGCGAGAGGAUCAGCCCCUGCCAGCCCACACAGAGACUGCAGAGCGGACCAAUCAAAAUGAGUGUGGAGAGUGAUGACAAGCGAAGCACACGCACACGCUCCAAGGGAAUCAGAGUUCCCAUAGAGCUUGUUGGACAAGAGCUGAGCUGCCCCACCCCUGGAUGCAAUGGCUCUGGCCACAUCAGUGGGAGAUAUUCACGACACAGAAGUGUGCUGGGCUGCCCCUUGGCCAGGAAGCGACGUCUGGCAGACGCUGAGGCAGAGCAGGACCAGCCCUCCUCUAAAAGGAAGUCCCACCCUCUAAAGCUGGUCAUGGACGAGGGCUUCAGCAUGGACAGUGAUGGGAGCAGCGAAGAGGCAGAGGAGGAGGCCAAAGAGGAGGAGAAAGAGGAGGAGGAGAAGGAGGACGAGAAGGAGGAGAAAACAGAGGAGCUGACCCAGGAACAGCCACAGCAGGAAGAAGAAACCAAGGAGGAGCAGAAGGAAAGGGAGGAGAAGGAGACAGAGGAGGAGGAGGAGAACACAGAUGCAGCUGAUGCAGAUGAAGAGGAAUGCAUGAUCAUUGAGCCGGUAUCUAGUAAAACAGCUGAAUGGCCUAAGAGAGAGGACUACUCCAGCUACCAUCAGAUCCUAGCCAACUCUCUAUUAUACCUGGGCGGGGUCUCCGACACCACAGAGACCACCUCACAUGAGCCCGUUACCAUGGAGACAGAGAAAGAUGUCACAGCUGUGAAGCACUCCGCUGUGGUAGUGGAACACUCAGAGGCGCAGGAGGAAGAGGAGGAGGGACAGGAGGAAGAGGAGGAGGAGGAGCAGCAACCUGCAGAGGAGGAGGAGGAGGAGGAGGAGGAGGAGGAGGAGGAGGAGGAGGAGGAGGAUGAGGAGGAGGGAAGUGUUAAAGUAAGUGAAGAACCUUCUGUUGUAGAUAGGGUGGAGGAGGAAGAGGAGGAGGAGGAAGAUGAGAUUGAGGAGACUAGAGAGGCUGUGACACAGAGAACCUUCGACCACCCAUACUUCACUGGAGACAUCCACCAGCAGCAGGACAAGGCUGAGGAAGAUGAAGAGGAGGAAGAGUAUGAAGAGGAGAGAAGGGAAGCAAAGCACCAGCCACAGGAGAUACUAGAGGAAGAGGAGGAGGAGGAGGAUGAUGAUGACAUUGAGGAGGUGGACGUGAGAGUGCACCCUGUCUUCCUGCCCACCACCAUCACCAUCACUGCAGCAACUCAGGGACCAGCCACACAGAGGGAGAGAGAAGAGCACAGGGCCAGGACUACAGAGGAUUACAUCUCCCACAGGACCAGCCACCUAGAGAACUACAACCCCCACAGGACCAGCCCACUGGAGAACUACAACCCCCACAGAGUCAGCCCCUUACAUCACUACACCUCCCAUAAGGCCUCAGCAGCCUCUGACAUCAUCGAGGUGCGUUCAGAGGAUUCGGGUAGGGACUACGAUGAAGAAGAUGGUGAUGAGGAGGAAGAAGAUGACAGUUUGUCUCAGAGGUGGACAGAUGAGUCAGAGAUGUAUGAUAUGACCCGGGGCAACCUGGGGCUUCUGGAGCAGGCCAUCGCCCUGAAGGCAGAACAGGUGAAGGGGCCUCGCGACCUCCUCCUCCUCCGUCACCCCGUCGUCACCCCGGAGCUCCACCACCGCUACUUCACCAUGGACGACCGGCCCAAACACCUGGACACCAUGCGCAAGAGCUACUUCAGCAGUAAAGCUGUCUCUACAGAGAGCAGCAGGCCAGAGAAGAGGGAGAUCAAAUGCCCCACCCCUGGCUGUGAUGGGACUGGUCAUGUUACCGGACUCUACCCCCACCACCGCAGCCUGUCUGGCUGUCCUCACAAGGACAGGAUCCCCCCUGAGAUCCUGGCCAUGCAUGAGAAUGUGCUGAAGUGUCCGACUCCAGGCUGCACCGGACAGGGCCAUGUUAACAGCAACCGUAACACCCACCGCAGUUUGUCAGGAUGCCCCAUCGCAGCCACAGAGAAGUUGUCCAAGAGCCACAACCUUGACAAGCAGCAUCUCUCCCAGCCAAUCAGAGAGCACCUCAAAGAAAGUCCCAACAACAAUGACAGAGUUUUGAGGCCCAUGUGUUUUGUGAAGCAGCUGGAAGUACCUCACUAUGGGCAGUACAGACCCAAUAUGGUGCCUGCCACACCUCGUGCCAACCUGGCCAAGGAGCUGGAGAAGUACUCCAAGGUCUCCUUUGAUUAUGCAAGCUUCGACUGUCAGGUGUUUGGGAAACGCAUGCUUGCUCCAAAGAUACCAACCAGCGAAGCCUCACCCAAAGCCUUCAAAUCUAAACUCUCGUCCCCCAAGUCUUCUUCUCCCAGCCUCAGCCUGCAUGGAGGUUAUGGAAAAACUGCCUCCUCUUCUGCCUACGACUACUCCCAUGAAGCCCAGGCAGCCCACAUGGCUGCCACCGCUAUCCUAAACCUGUCCACACGCUGCUGGGAGAGGCCUGAGAACCUCAGCACCAAGCACCAGGACCUGGCCAGCAAGAGCAUGGACAUCGAGGUGGACGAGAAUGGGACUCUUGACCUGAGCAUGAAGAAACCCGUCAAACGAGAGGGCACCAGCCCUGGGGUAUGUUCACCGGACCCCUCCUCCUCCUCUUCCUCCCUGCACCAUGGAGGCAGCAGUGGCAUGACCUCGCCCCACACGGGCCACGCCUACAAACAGGAAGACUGGGAGGAGCCUCUGGACUACACCAAACCUAACCGCCAGCGAGAGGAGGAUACAGAGAUGGAGCACCACACAGCGCAGUCAUUUGCCUCGUCCGACCCUGAGGACAUGGACCUGAUGCAGGACUACCCCGAGGAGCGGAAGUACCCUGGAGAGGUCACCACCCCAAACUUCAAGGUCCAGUUCCAACAGCCAAAGGAUUGCAAGAAAGAUGUGCUCCUGUGCCCCACUCCUGGCUGCGAUGGCAGUGGCCACAUCACUGGAAACUAUGCAUCCCAUCGCAGUCUGUCUGGGUGUCCUCUUGCUGAUAAGAGUCUUCGGUCCCUCAUGGCGACCCACUCUGCUGAACUCAAGUGCCCCACACCAGGAUGUGAUGGUUCAGGACAUAACACUGGAAACUACGCCUCCCACAGAAGUUUGUCUGGGUGCCCCCGUGCCAAGAAAGGUGGAUUAAAAACAUCUCCCACCAAGGACGACAAGGAGGACUCCGAGCUCUUAAAAUGCCCUGUGCCUGGCUGUGACAGUCUAGGUCACAUCAGUGGGAAGUAUGCCACGCAUCGCAGUGCCUAUGGGUGCCCGCUGGCUGCCCGCAGGCAGAAGGAGGGGAUGCUCAACGGUAACCCUUUCUCCUGGAAGGCCUUCAAGACGGAGGCCCCCACCUGCCCCACCCCCGACUGCGAUGGAUCAGGACACGCCAACGGCAGCUUCCUCACACACCGCAGUCUCUCUGGCUGUCCCAGAGCUUCCUUUGCCAAGAAGAAAGCCAAGUUCCCUGGAGAGGAGUACCUGAGUACCAAGUUCAGGGCCAGUGACGUUCUGGAUAAUGAUGAGGACAUCAAGCAACUCAACAAGGAGAUCAAUGAGCUCAACGAGACCAACAAUGAGAUGGAGACAGACAUGGUGAACCUGCAGACACAGAUCUCAUCCAUGGAGAAGAACCUGAAGAACAUUGAGGUGGAGAACAAGCUGAUAGAGGAGCAGAACGAGGCUCUCUUCAUGGAGCUAUCUGGCCUCAGCCAUGCCCUGAUCCGCAGCCUGGCCAACAUACGUCUCCCACACAUGCAGGAGCCAAUCACUGAGCAGAAUUUCAACAGCUAUUUGAGCACCCUGACUGACAUGUACACCAACAAGGAGUGCUUCCAGAACCCGGAGAACAAGGCGCUUCUGGAGAGCAUCAACAAGGCUGUGAAGAGCAUCAAGGUGUGAAAACCUCCAAUGAGGAAGAAGAGUGAAAACAUGUAAAAGGAGAGGAGAGAUGGAGUCAAGAGACCACAGUAUAUUUACCGAGAAUACAAAUACAAAAAAGGGCAUUCAGGUUUUACAAACGACAACUUAAAUUAAACCCAGGGAGCAUUCUGUAAAGAAGAAAAACUUAACUAGGACCAAAAUCCAAACAUGCUGCUGCUGGGAUCGGAAGGAGGAAGUGGAACGGAACCAAAUCCUUCAGUUUGAAUUGAUUAAAGAAAAUCUAUAUCUGGGGUUUUGUUUGUUUGUUUUAUGUUAUCUUUGUCGUUUUUCAUGUCUGUCCUGUUUUGGAGGUAUCUCAUUGACUGUCCCAUUCAAGCUUUAGUUCAGCAACAAUUUGGAGAAGAAAGAAAGAAAGAAAGAAAGAAAAAGAAAGAAAGAAAGAAAGAAAGAAAGAAAGAAAGAAAGAAAGAAAGAAAGAAAGAAAGAAAGAAAGAUGGAAGUAGUGGGUCUGAUCUGCCUACAUGAGGUGAAGAAAACCAUUGAGGAAAUAACAAAAACCAAGCCGAAAAAACGCCAACAUUGUGUCCUAGGGAAGACACUAAGGCUUCAGAAAGGUUGCUCUGGGGCAGGAUAAGGAGAGCGUGCUUGUGAGCGCUGCAGCAACCCCUAUUGAGGAGAAACGAAUGGAAAAUCACUGAACUCUGAGGUCUUCUUGAGCAAUGGUUCAUGUACUUAUUGUUGUUACUACAGCAGCAAGAUGUCAACACGGCUCUAUGUCUCAAUUCAGCGGAACAACUCUUCAAAUGAAGAUUAAGUCACAAAUCACUGGGGAGUUUUUCUCUUCUGAAAAUCAACAGUACAGCCUGUACUAUAUUUUUAAUGGAACAACUGGUGUAUGAGAGCAGCAAAUGCAGCCUUUUUUCUUUGAACUGAAUGACGAUAGUAACGGUCAAUUCCUGUUAGUUAUAUCAAUAGUUUUUAUGAACAUAGAAAUUGCACUUAAUUUCAAUAAAUAGUUUGUGGUACAAUAAUUCUUGUUAUAUAAAUUAUAAAAAAUUGGUGAAUGCUCAAAAUUGUAAUUUAUUGCCAUUUUAUGUUAAACUACUUGUAUUUAUUUAAUGUUAUCUAUUUAUUAACUUUAUUUUAUUGUUUUGUGAAACACAAAAUGCAACCCUGCUGGUCUAUCAUGGCCAUAAAGAUUUUAAACAGGGAGUCUUCUACAUCAAUAUUUAAAAAUCUAUACAGAUAACUGUUCACACUUAAUUAUUUUAUAUAUCUUAUUUUAUUUUAAAUAUAAUUUUUUUUACAUUUUUAAGUGCAGAUAUUUUAUAACUGACAAAGUUUUGAUAAUUUUAUAAAACUGUUUUCAUUUCUGUUAUUUCUGUUAUGAUAAAGUAUCUUCGGAAAAUCCACGGCUUAAAAAGAAAGUAUGUAUUUAUUAUUUAUUUAAUAUUGAAGAAAUUGACUGUCAUAUGGUUGUAUAUUUAUUUAGUCAUUUCUGUGUGUGCUGUGAUGGCUGAGUCUUAGUAGUCUUAAAAUCCAUUGCUAAUAUUUCAAUAAAGAAAAAAACAUGGUCCGAAAGAAAA